GCACCGUCAAUCCUCUUUCUUUUUCGCAGGUCAGGCGUUGAGCAGCAGGUAGGUAGACAGUCCAGUCAGCCAGCAGUCAGCAGUAAGAGCAUAUGAAUGAAAGAACGACGAGACGACGACCAAGGCUCGAUGAAAGAGACGAGAUGGUGACACGCUGCACACCAAGGCAAUCAAUAGUUAGUCAAGCAAGGCGUCUGCAGCACUGCCUCAAGGCCAUCCUGCCUCACCUACGCGCCCAUCUCGACGAAAAGACCGCCCCGACAAGCCCGCCAAGGGAGAUCAUUGAAUAUUACUCUCCUGUCCCAAACGGACACCUUUCACGCAUCCCGCGAAGAUCACAGAUCAUGAUCUGUUCGUUCGUUCACCCCGUUUCAUGCGGGCGCCGGCGGAACAGGGAAGAAAAACAAAGCUUCAUCUCCUGCAUUCUCGGAUGCUGUGCUGUGCUGCUGAAAGGGGGGCCAAGGUAUCGGUAAAAAAGAAAGGAAAAUUACAAUCCAUUUCUUCAGCCAACACUGAACCAGGCUGGAAUCGAGAUGUAUGUGCAUGUGUACGUGCAUGCCAUCUCGAAGUCGAGUUAUGC